AUGGCGUCUCCGCUGCGCGUUGUGUCGUCAGGGCUGAGGAGAGUUGUGGGAGCAGCCGUGAGGGGUUUGGGGAGCGCAGCGCAGGAGGUGGUGCUGACCAAGGAGCGCUAUGCAGUGAGGAGGUUGCCGUUCGGACGGCUGAGGGAGGGGGAUGUGGAGUUUUUUGAGGGGGUGAUGCCCGGCAGGGUGGUGAGCGGCGAGGAGGAGGUGAAGGCGUUUAAUGUGGAUUGGUUGAAGUCGGUGAGAGGCUGCAGCCAGCUGGUGUUGAAGCCACAGACCACGGCAGAGGUGUCUCAGGUUCUCAGGUACUGCCAUGAGAGGAACCUGGCAGUGAACCCUCAGGGGGGUAACACAGGCCUCGUUGGCGGCAGCGUUCCAGUCUUUGACGAGAUCAUCCUCUCCACUGCCCUCAUGAACAGGAUCAUCAGCUUUGACAAGGUGUCUGGAAUCCUUGUGUGCCAGGCUGGCUGUGUCCUGGAGAGACUCACAGAGUACCUAGAGGAGCAGGGGUUCAUCAUGCCCCUGGACUUGGGAGCCAAGGGCAGCUGUCACAUCGGGGGCAACGUGGCCACCAACGCCGGUGGCUUGCGGCUGCUGAGAUACGGCUCCCUGCGAGGGACAGUGCUGGGCCUGGAAGUGGUGUUGGCUGACGGCUCCCGCCUGGACUGCCUGGGCUCUCUGCGCAAGGAUAACACAGGCUACGACCUGAAACAGCUCUUCAUCGGCUCCGAGGGCACCCUGGGAGUCAUCACUGCUGUCUCCAUCCUCUGCCCACAGAAACCUAAGGCUGUGAAUGUGGCAUUCCUAGGAUGUCAGAGUUUUGCUAAGGUUCUGGAAACAUUCACAACCUGCAGAGCCAUGCUGGGCGAGAUCCUGUCUGCCUAUGAGUUCAUGGAUGAGAAGUGCAUGGAAUUGGUUGAGAGACAUCUCAAGCUGUCCAACCCAGUGACAGGCAGCCCUUUUUAUGUUUUAAUUGAGACUUCAGGCUCCAACUCAACCCAUGAUGAAGAAAAACUGAACAACUUCCUGCAACAGGCCAUGACCUCUGGUUUGGUCACUGAUGGAACUGUGGCAACGGACGAUAAGAAGAUAAAGGCGCUGUGGAGCCUGCGGGAGAGGAUCACCGAGGCUCUCACCCAUGAUGGCUACGUGUUCAAGUACGACGUCUCGCUGCCCGUGGGGAAGCUGUAUGACCUCGUGACAGACAUGAGGGCUCGUCUGGGCCAGAGUGCCAAAAAUGUGGUGGGCUACGGCCACCUGGGAGAUGGAAACUUGCACUUGAACAUCACGGCGGAGGCCUACAGCCAUUCCCUGCUGGAUGCCAUCGAGCCCUUCGUGUACGAGUGGACUGCGAGCUGCAGCGGCAGCAUCAGCGCAGAGCACGGACUGGGCUUCAAGAAGAAGCAGUUCAUUGAGUACAGCAAGCCCAGAGAGGCUGUCAUGCUGAUGCAGAGGUUCAAAGCCAUGUUGGACCCCAAGGGGAUCCUCAAUCCAUACAAGACGCUGCCGUCAGCCCCUGGGAGCAGCACGUGCUGA